AUGGAAGAUUUCAUCAUCUCACCUUCAUCAUCUUCCUCCAUGAUACAAAACCCUUUAUUACCACAAACAUCAACCCUUCAACAAAAGCUUCAAGUUUUACUCCAAUCUCAAUCCGACAAUUGGGUCUAUGCCAUUUUGUGGCAAACAUCAAAAGAUGAAAAAGGUCAUUCUUUCUUAUCUUGGGGCGAAGGCCAUUUCCAAGGAACCAAAGAAACAACAACUUCAAAAAAACUAUACGACACAGACACAACCACUAACACAGACACAGACACAUGUACAGACGGUGACGCUGAAUGGUUCUACGUCAUGUCGUUGACUCGAAGCUUCUCCGUCGGUAACUCUUCUUCCAUUUCUUUACCUGGUAAAGCUUUUGCCUUAGAUUCUGUUCUUUGGUUGAAUAGCAAACAAGAGCUUCAAUUUUAUAACUGUGAGAGAUCCAAUGAAGCACACGUGCACGGAAUCCAAACGUUGAUUUGUAUUCCAACAACCAACGGAGUUGUCGAAAUGGGUUCUUAUGAAAAUAUCCAACAAAAUUGGAACCUCGUACACCAAGCUAAAUCCAUGUUCCUAACAUCCUCGUCAGAAUCAAACUCAAACUCAAAACUAGAUCUUCUUCCCACCAACCCACUUGACAAAAUCCAAACUUUCGACCAAAACAUCUCAUUCUCCGACAUCGGUAUCAUCUCCGGCGCCAGCGAGGAAACCGAGAAGACACAAAAAACAAUGAACAAAAAAUCACAAAAAAAGCACAACAUUGUUUCAUCAUGUUACAUAGAUUCUGAACAUUCUGACUCAGAAUAUUAUCCACAAUUACCAACACCAACAACAACAAAUGAUUCUUUUGAGAAAAGAGAACCGAAGAAGAGAGGAAGAAAACCACUAACCGGAAUUCAAACUCCGAUGAACCAUGUAGAAGCAGAGAGACAGAGGAGAGAGAAACUAAACAACAGAUUCUACGCUCUAAGAGCAGUGGUUCCAAACGUUUCAAGGAUGGAUAAAGCUUCAUUGUUAUCAGAUGCAGUGGAUUACAUCAACGAGUUAAAAGCGAAAAUCGAAGAACUAGAAUCAGAGAAUCAAAAGGAAUCAAAAAAACAGAAGAUGGAAACAAUCGAAAGUACCGUAACAACAACUUCAACUGUGGUGGACCAAAAAACAACAUGUAGCAGUAACAACAACAACAACAAUGUUAGUGCUUUGGAUAUUGAUGUGAAGAUUAUAGGUAAUGAUGCUAUGGUGAGAGUUCAAUCCGAGAAUGUUAAUCACCCUGGAGCAAGAUUAAUGAGUGUGUUUAAGGAUUUGGAGUUUCAGGUACAUCAUGCGAGUAUAUCAUGUUUUAAUGAAAUUAUGGUUCAAGAUGUUGUGGUUGUUCAACUUCCUGAUGAGAUGAGAAAUGAAGAGAGUCUUAGAUCUGCGAUUCGAAUGAGAUUGGAACAUGAAUGA